GCUGACGUCACACGGGCUCUCUCCAGCAGCCUUGAAGGGGAGGCGAUUGAGCGGCGGCGGCGGCAGCGGCAGCAGAAGCGCAAAGGCAGUUUAGGCGGACGGGCGCUCUGCAGAAGGCAAGGGAAGGGGUCGCCGACCCCACCACCACCCCUACCCCCUGCUAAGCCUCCGGGCCGGGUAUUGUGGGGGUAUCCCCCCUCGGCUGCCCUCGCCGGCCUUCGCCCUCCAACAACUCCCUUCCCGCGUCCACUGAACACAUGAGGUUUUUCAGGUUGACCUUCAAGUGCUUCGUGGAUUGUUUCUGAGUCUGCAAAUCCCCCCUCCUCAAAUCGAGCCCCUGUCCCGGCGAGACCCUCCCUCUCUACAGAUUCCUCACUCCACCUCCUUCCGCGAGCCCCUUCUGAAGGGGGGAUUCUCUCCAGACCCACCCAACCCCUCUCUUCUACCCUCCUUCGAGCAUCGCCCCGAUCCGCCUGGAGGGGGGCGGCCGGGACUCGGGGUCCCCCCCCGGCACCAUGGCCAAAGGGGCUUCGUCGGAAAGCAGCGGCUGCGGCAGCAUUUACAGCGUCUCCGUGGAGCAGCAAGACAAAAAGGUGGGGCGCCUCGCCGCCAUGUGCCAGGGAGCUCCCAUCGCGGGCAAAGGGGAGGCCGUGGACCCUUCCGGGUCGACUCUGGCACUACCGCCCCCCGAGAGGGAGACCUGGACCCGGCAGAUGGAUUUUAUCAUGUCCUGCGUGGGCUUCGCCGUGGGGCUGGGCAACGUGUGGCGUUUCCCUUACCUGUGCUACAAGAACGGGGGAGGUGUUUUCCUCAUCCCUUACCUUCUUAUUGCCCUCAUUGGCGGGAUUCCUAUCUUCUUCCUGGAAAUUUCCUUGGGGCAGUUCAUGAAGGCCGGGAGCAUCAAUGUUUGGAACAUCGCACCGCUUUUCAAAGGACUGGGGUUUGCCUCUAUGGUGAUUGUCUUCUACUGCAACACCUACUACAUCAUGGUGCUUGCCUGGGGUUUUUAUUACCUGGUGAAGUCUUUCACGGCCACCUUGCCUUGGGCAACCUGCGGGAACCCCUGGAACUCCCCGGAAUGUGUGGAGAUCUUCCGGCAUGAAGACUGUGCUAAUGGCACCUCCAUAGGCAACCUUACCUGUGAUGAACUCUCCGACAAGAGGUCACCUGUCAUCGAGUUUUGGGAGAACAAGGUGCUGCGUCUGUCGGGAGGCCUGGAGUUCCCUGGGGCUAUCAACUGGGAGGUGACCCUCUGUCUCCUAGCCUGCUGGGUCCUUGUCUACUUCUGUGUCUGGAAGGGUGUCAAGUCCACAGGAAAGAUUGUCUACUUCACUGCUACAUUCCCUUACGUGGUGCUCAUUAUACUGCUAAUCCGAGGGGUGAUGCUGCCUGGAGCUCAGGAUGGGAUAAUCUACUAUCUCAAACCCGACUGGUCCAAACUGGCCUCCCCUCAGGUGUGGAUCGAUGCUGGGACCCAAAUCUUUUUCUCGUAUGCCAUAGGACUGGGGGCACUCACUGCCCUGGGCAGCUAUAACCGGUUCAACAACAAUUGCUAUAAAGACGCCAUCAUCCUGGCGCUGAUUAAUAGUGGGACCAGCUUCUUCUCUGGCUUUGUGGUGUUCUCCAUUCUGGGCUUCAUGGCGGCAGAGCAGGGAGUUGACAUCUCCAAGGUGGCUGAAUCCGGGCCUGGGCUGGCAUUUAUCGCAUACCCAAGAGCUGUCACCCUGAUGCCAGUUGCUCCACUCUGGGCCGCCCUCUUUUUCUUCAUGCUGCUGCUCCUGGGAUUGGAUAGCCAGUUUGUGGGCGUUGAAGGCUUUAUCACUGGCAUCCUGGAUUUCUUCCCAACCGCCUACACCUUCCGAUUCCAGAGAGAGGUCACUGUGGCUGUCUGCUGUGCUAUCUGCUUCUUCAUUGAGCUGUCCAUGGUGACUGAGGGGGGCAUGUAUGUCUUCCAGCUGUUUGAUUACUACUCAGCAAGUGGCACAACACUUCUGUGGCAGGCCUUCUGGGAGUGCAUAGUGAUUGCCUGGAUUUACGGACCAUUCUGUUCUAAAUUCAGUUGUAGGCCCCCAGGAGCAGAUGCAGUAGGAGUAGAGAGAGAAAGGGGCCAGCUGGUGCUGAGAGACUAUCCUUUUGCAAGCCAGGCUACUCUUCUGUCUUCCCUCUCGGUGCUAAACCCCGGCACUAAAAGCUGGAUCAGGGCUGAGGCCUGUCUGUCUUCAGGCGCUGACCGUUUCAUGGAUGACAUUGCCUGCAUGGUUGGUUACCGGCCCUUCCCGUGGAUGAAGUGGUGCUGGAUGUUCCUGACUCCUCUUGUCUGCCUGGGCAUCUUUCUUUUCAACGUUGCCUACUACAAGCCAUUGAUCUACAACAACACCUACAUCUACCCCUGGUGGGGAGAAGCCAUAGGCUGGGGCUUUGCACUAUCCUCCAUGCUGUGUGUCCCUCUCACUGCUCUCUACAAACUCAUCCGUGCCAAGGGCACGCUGGGCGAGCGCUGGCACCACCUCACCCAGCCAAUCUGGGGGUUGCACCAUCUGGAAUACAAGGUGCCUGAAUCAGAUGUUGGAGCUCUGACCACUUUGACACGUGUCUCAGAUGGGGGCGCCAAGGCAGUCAUCUUGGAGAGCGUCAUGUGACCAGCACUCAUCCACAGUACUCCCACAAGAAGAGGCACCAUUUCUUAGUGUCACUCCACCCCCGGCUGCCAUGGGGAGGAGGAGAGAUACAAUUCACCUGCCAUGUGUUGAGUUGGGGGGCAGUGCUCCCUGCAUGUUGGGGAAAAGGUAUUGCUGGUUCUUUAUCGACAUCCCACCUUCUCUGACUCCUCCUCCCCUCCUCUCGGGCUAGGAUGAAGCCCGACUGAGGGGAAGGGAGAGCAGGCCCCUCAGAUUUCUGAGUGGAGGGUGGGAGUUCUAAAGGCCAUAGGGGUGGUGGGAGGGAAGGGUGGGUUAAGAGAGCCUUAGAUUUACAUUUUUUAAAAGAAAAGUUAUUUUUUAAAGAAAAAUAUUUUAAAUUUCUAUAUAUACAUUAUAUCUAUAUAUCUAUCUAUAUUUAGCCAAACACAUGGGAAGGAAAAUUCCAUUCAGUGGGUUAGAGUUUAGAGAUCCAAAAAUCCUGGAACUUUAUCCCCAGCUGUCUGGAAAUCUUAACAGGUUAGAGGCAGGAUGCCUGGGUUCCAUCUUCAGCUGGGUGAGGGAGCACUUAAAAGAAGCAGGAAGGGGUUAAAAAGGGUGCUGGGAACCAGGACACCUGUGUGCUGUCCUCAGUGGUGAACAGUAGUCAUGUCCAGCAGCUUGCAGUGAGAAGUUGGGACUCUGUUCACCCCUCUUCUGUUGAGGUGGCAAAUGUACUUCCCCACCCGUAACAGCAUUCUGAUCAGAGGGCUGUCAAGCAGCCCAUGGAAUAGCCCUGCUGUCCCACACUAUGGUUGGGCAGCUAGUCUUAACAGCUGCCCUCCUUAGCCCCAUUUAAUCUACCAAUCAUAGUGUUACUGGAAACCACCCCUUCCCUCCACUGACAGAUUUUGGAAGCUGCUCCAAAAUAUGCCUCUGGCUGAAAUUUACCAUGUGGGAAGGAAUGAUGUUAUAUCUCCAAUUCUUCCCAUGUGUCAAGCCUAGAGAUGUGAAGGCCUGGGGGGGGGAGGAGAGGGAUGGGAAGAAAUGUGUGGUCUUCCUUGGGUUUUUUUCUGAAGCUUUUUUUGUGGGGGGGGGUUCCUGAAAAAUUGAGAAAAAAAUAGGGAAAGACUUUCUCCACUUGAAUACAUUUUUUCCUCUUGGGCCUUCAAUUCUAGUCAAGCCCAGCUAUGCAGAACCACUCUCAGAUUUACCAGCAUCUUAUUCAAAAGAAAAUUCUAUUAUAAUCUGUCCCACAGUGGCAUUAAGUCAUGGGAACGCUUUGCAGGACGAAACUGCUUAAUAGUAUUAUGAAAUCACCAAAUGGGUUUCCUCAAACCCGACUGUCCUCCCCUCCAAAUAACAAACACAGUUUUCUAAAUUUCUUACAUUCCACAGGCCCCUAACAUCUUCCGAGACUGCCUAGUAUCACCACCACCAAUUAAUGCACCCCGUUAUUAAGACAAGACAGACUGAUCAAGAGAAAACAAACAAACAAUGGCCUCUAAACCCCUUCACAUCUUACAUUUCUGGGGCAUACACCUAAAAAUGUAAAGUGUGAAUGUGGCAGACAGGCUUGUGUAUCAUAUAGGUACAUUGGUCAGGGUGCUGGGUUUGGCUGUGUACACUUAGUGCCAGCAACAGGUUUGCCGAUGUGUCAGUCAUGAAAUGACCCGCCAUGGGAGGGGGAAGAAUCCCCUUUUGAGGAUCAUAUGGGGUCAUAAUAUGUCACACUAAAUAUUGGCAGUCCAUGUGUAUGGGUGUGCUGUUCAUCCACAUAGCAUAUGCUGACUGGGGGAAGGGAAGGUUCUGAAGGAGCAACCUUCCUCAGCUUGACCUCCAUCCCUUGUGUUUUCUGUUCUGACCACCAGUACUACACAAGGAGCAUAAGCAACAGCUGUUCCAAUGUAUCUGAAAGGAGUGCAUUUUACACAUAGGGUGCAGGAGGGGGGAAGAGUUGUGGAAUGGCAAAGUGCAAUUGGGCUGCCUCAUGAAUCUGUGACAUUCAUGGCUCGCAACCCUGUUUGUGGAAUGGUUUGUGGGAAUUAUCUUCUGGAUUUGCAGGGGUGGGGUGGGAUAAUGUGAAAUUCUCCCGUAGCAGAGCUAAAUAGGGAACCCAGGUGUGUCCGUAGCCACGAUUAUACCCCAAACCCCUUAACCUGCCUGACAGGAUCUUGCCAGUUUCCUGUCUUUGCAUCAAGUAGAUCAUAUCCCUCUAUGCUUAGCUGCCCCAAAAAACCUUUGUUAAUGCUUUUAAUUUGCACAUUUUCUAAGAAAGAAAGAGGCCGUGUGUGUGUGUGUGCGUAUUCACACACCUAUAUAUAUAUAUAUAUAUAUCAAACGUAACUAACUGUGUGAAAAGCUUCCCACUUGUAUAUUUUAAAGGAAGCACUUAUACAGGACAGAGAAAUACCUAAUUUUCUUAAUAUUUCUGCAGGUUGUAAAAAAAGUGUGAGAGAGAAAUCACAGAAUUUUAUUUUGUGGCAAAAUUAUAAAUAUCAUGUCUAUAUUUGUUUUGUAAAUAUAUAUAUAAUGAGAUUAAAUUACAUAACAAGCCAACCUCAUGCUACAGGGGAUUGGGGUGUUUGAAAAAAUAUAGGGGUCAGUGGGGUGUGGGGUAGGAACCGCAGGGAGAGGCAAGUAGCAGGGACGGAGGGAAAGUGGGCAGGACUGGGAGGGAGGGUUACACUGUGUCCGCACUGGCCGAGAUUUGUGUGAUUUGUCCCAUUCACUGCUGUGCGCAUCUUUGCUUUGUCUACAUCUAAUGUUAUAUUGUAGGGUAAUGUGCUUUUAAUGUGUUAACUGAUACUUCACAGAAUAGGUAUUACAUCCAGCAUGACAAAAUUCCUGCACAGGAAGCUAAACAGACCCUCCAUGGUCAGAUGCUGUAUAUCUCUGAAUAACAGAUGCUGAGGAACCAAACAGAGGAAGGCCAUUGCCUUCACACUCAGCUCAUGACCAUCUCAAGCACCAUCUUGCCUGGCUUCUUUUAGAAACAGAAUGUGGGCAGAAGUGGAGCCAAGGUCUGAUCCAGGAGGGCUCUACUUGUUACUUAUACUUACUUUCAGGCAGGAAAUAACAUGUGAUAUGCCGGUAGGUUGCAUUUGAUAAAUUAACACCAGCAAAUGUAUUUUGGGCAAAUACUUUGGAACACCUAUUCUGGCCUUCCUCAAACGGGUUGUUUAAACUCCAGCUGAUUAUGGAAUUCUUAGUUGAUUACAGACAUGCCUUUUAACCGAUUCAUUAUAAAUAUAUUUGCAUAUUACCAAAAUCUCAAUAUAGGUGCCUUUUUGAAAUGUGUGCAGGUAUAAAAGCUGUGACUCACUGUUGGAAUGAAAGGUUAUCUUUUAAUGUUUUUUCCUCUAUAAUUUCCUAUUGGAGCAGAGCAUCAUAGCCAAAAUAGCCUCAAAAGACAUUUACACUGUAUUUUCAGCCCCAGCAAUUAAACUCUGCCCUCAGCACCUAAAAUUAAACCUUGCAGCCCUGUUUCUUAUGCCCAUGGCUGCCCAAGUUCACAACCUUCACUAACAGAGAUCUCCUUUCAACAUUUUGCACACACUUGCCUGUUUAUAUCCUUACAAGGUCAUCUUGUCAGUAUUUUAAAAGAUUUUUGCAUGCAUACCCAACCCCACACUACAGUUUAAGUAACAUAUAUGUAGGGUACAGUCUACUUUUUAAAAAAAAUUAUCCCACUCUCCAAGUGGAAACAGCAGCUUCUUCUCUCCCCCUCUCAUCCCCCAGUAAUUAUUGGAAGAGAAAUCCUUCAUGCAUUGCUAACUGGAGCUUUGAGAGCACCACUCUGUGGGAACAAUAGGGAAUAUUGCAUUAAGAAGCAAAGUAUUAAUUAACAAAGGUACUUAGCAGUGGACACAGCCUUGGAGGUGGAAUCAGGUUUUGGUGGAGAACAGGUUGGAUCUCGGAGUCAUUUUGGCACUUGUGGGGAAUACUUUGGAUUUCUCCACCAGGAUGCAAAAUUGACCCACCAAUGUGUUUGUUAGUUCUUCCAGAAGCAUCUGUUGCAUGCUCCGUAGUCUAGCUCUGCUCCUUCUGCAGUUGUUAAACAUCUUGCCAUAGAUUGCUGUGGGUGUUACCCUAACACUUGCUGUAACUCUCUAUAGAGCCUUGCCCUUUCUGAGUCAUUUUUUGCGACUAAUGACAAGGUUUCUAGCAUAGGGCAUUGAAGAAGAUGGCUGGCAAUUAAUAGCAGGGAGCACGCAUUCUUAAUCCAUUUGGCCUAACUGAACAGUGCCCAUGAAUUACUAUAGCUCCAUGCUGUAGUCCAUCUUUCUUGAUCCCCCUCCAGCCCGUUCACAUUGCACUUUUUGGUAAGGGGAAAAGGGAUAGCCUCUUUUCCUUGAUGGAUGAGCAAUCAAAUUGUGAGUUUGUACAGCAAGUGACUAUUUAGUAGGGGGUUUUUUUUGUUAGGGCUGAGUUUUUCAUCUGGCCUGGAAAACACAUCCUUUUUUUGCCAAAGACACACCUUUGUAACGGCUCUUGUUCUUCCUCGUCUCUCUUCCCCAUUGCUGCUUCAUUAUGUAACUCUGCCUCUCCUGUUUGCCUCCUGACACAGCCCCUGCACCACCCCACACCUGCAAGCAGCAAUUAACCCUUUGAUAAAGCAGACGGAAGUCCUAGGAUUUCUGAUGGAAGAGCUGAAAUCUGGCCACGCUUUGCUUCAUUUUUCAAAGGCCAUAAGCCAGUGGCAUAGAUUGCCAAAACCAGGCCAUCAUUUCCUGUUUCUCCCAGAUCAAAACAAACCACCUUCCCCAAGAGAUAAGUGUAACUGCCUUACUCACAUAAAGGAUCAGAGAGGAAUUUGCUGGCCUACGCCAAUAAUCUCAAUAGCCUAUUGUUGUCCCUUUUGAACAGAAGACUGCAACCCACCCUCCUGCCAUCCUGAACUAUUGCACAGGAUUUUUUUUUUUACACCCCUUCAUGUUUUUCUUACUAACUUGCAAGCCAGAGCAAAGACAAUAAAUAGGGCCAAGAACUCAGCCAGUAUUUCAACUCUUCAAUGGCUGGGGAAUGACAACAUAGUUUAGGCGCAGAAGACAUUUUGCUAACAGUGGUUAGUUCUGGAUGUAAAUUAACAGCUGCGAUAUGUAAAAACAGAAUCAUAACCAGUUCCACCAUCUCCUGUUUCCAUACGAAUUAUGGAAGUUAUCUUCCUUGCAACUGGGCCCAAACCUAGGGAUUUUCCAAACACCUGCUGCUGCCAUUAAGAUGGUCCCAGAUCUGUGAAUGUGCCAAGUGUCUGCCCUCCACCCUCCUGCAAAAUGAGGGACAAGUGGCUGUUAGAAGUCUCAUCUGCUCAGGGCCAGGUUUCAGCGGGAGAGCACUUCCAUCUUGCCCCACACUCACACCUGCAUCACCAGCGCAGUGGGAGAACCAAAAUGCAGUCUUCCCGUGUUUCAGCUUUAAGUCCACCCGUGUUGUCGCAAUGCCAGUAUUGUCUCAAACCUUUUACUUCGCUACUCACCCCUCAAGUCCUGCCCAAUGCAGGUCAUAUACUGACUGUGUGGUUUUUGUGUGUGUGCAAACUUUAUCAUGAAACAUAGCAAUAAAAGGAGCCACCCUGAUCUUC